CAAUGGGGCUUCAAUACAGUACUGAGUAAAGGUUCUGAAUAAUUAAGUAAAUGUGAUAUUUUUUUCCCGUAUUUUUUUGUAAAUCAGCAAACAUUUUUAAAGCCUGUUUUGGCUUUGUCAUUAUUGGGUAUUGGAGUCAAAAAUACACUAAACUGAGUGACAUGCAGUGCCUUCAGAAAGUAUUCAGACCUCUUAACUUCUUCCACAUUUUGUUAGGUUAUGGCCUUACUCUAAAAAUGGAUUAAAUCGUUUUUUUCCCCUCAUCAAUCUACACCCUACUACUUUCACAAAGAUAGUAAAGCAUCAACUUCAUUCAAAUUGCAUUCAAAAUGGAUAAUCCUGUUCAAGAUUGACAUAGACUUUAGUGAACCAUCAUUUUAGUCUGCUCUGUACUUGUACUGUAAGGCAUUAUAUAUUUUGAAAUGUAUCUGUGGUAAUCAUUAACCACGUUUCCAUCCACAGCUUUUAUGAGAGUAAUGUCAUACGUAUCUUUCGGUACAAUUAUAGCUAUGACAACGAGAAAUGGCGGUGGAAACGCCUUGAAGCGCAAAUAUUGAUAUUAUGACCAUCACAUCGAAGUAAACUUGGAGUCACAUGAUAUGGUGUGUGGUCCUCCCAAUACAUAUUGGGAAACCAUGUAGUUUAUUAGGCUACAGAUGAAAUAACUUACGAUGAACAGUCAUAGGAUGGUGAAAGUGCACGGAAACCUUGAUGCCGCUUUCAAAAAAAGAUUGAGGGUCUUAUUCUGGUGACAUGAUGAUCGAUGAUUGACUGCCAUUUGACAAAUAAAAAUACUCUCACUUAAUAUCUCAUCAUGUACACUAGCUUACCUGCACAGCCUUCCGGCACUGUAUCUGUCUGCGAGCAGUAGGCUAGAUCGUACCAGUCAAGACCAGAGGAGGCACAUUUGCUAUUUAACUCAAACAGUUUUUGUGACAAAACUAUCGGUAGAGUUGAAAAUGGGAUGGAAACACAUUGAACUUCAGAUUUUUUUCGGUAGAUGAAAACUUAAGCGAAGAAGUACAUUUUGUGUGCAGUAUGUCAUCACACACCGAUUACUAUCCACAACAAGUCUGUUUGGUGGAAACACCACUGGUGGGAAAAUGGCCAUCAUUUUGGGAUAUUCAUGUGAAAAUCUGUCUCCAAAUGGAUGGAAACUUAGCUUAUAUAGUACAAUCAAUAAAUGGGAUACUUUUCAAGUAAAAACAGAUGGCUAGUAUAGUCUCAAAUAGAACACAAGUAUGCAUGCUACACCAUGCCACUGCAUUCAAUGCCAUCUGGUGGAGAAAAUGUGUCAAGUCCUGACUGUACAACUUCAACAUGUCUGACUCCACCCUCCUCUGAUAAACAAAAUGAGGUGGAAACACCUAAGAUACUGUAGUGAGAGUAAAAUAAAUGAAGUGAAGAUUCCCUUUAAAUACAGGAGAGUUGCGGGGAACAUCAUUUCUUAAGCACGGUCACAGAUAAUUUUGAUUGACAGAUGUCAAGCCCGGCAGCAGUAAUUGUUAACAACAGUCUGGAGAACUGGAAAGUGAUUGGUGCAGGAGGGUUUGGACAAGUCCACAAAGCCAGACAUGUGGUUUGGGGAUUGGAUGUGGCCAUCAAGUUGCUACAAUGUGAUGAUGGCUCUAGCACUUCCCUGCAUAAUGAGGCAGAAAUGCUGCGCAGGAGUACAAGCUCCCAUGUGAUAAAGAUUCUUGGAGUGUACAAGGAUUGUCCCCCCAAUUGCGGCCCUUCCAUCCAGCUGGGUCUUGUGAUGGAGUUCAUGGAGAGGGGGACACUGGAAUCCCUCCUGGACACCCUCUCUCUCCAUCCACCUUGGCCCCACCCCCUUGCCUGUCGCUUGGCCCACCAGAUCGCUCUGGGGAUGAACUUCCUCCAUUGCCUCAUCCCACCCCUUCUGCAUCAAGACCUGAAGCCCAAUAAUGUGUUGCUGGAUAACUACCUUGAUGCCAAGCUUGCAGAUUUUGGCCUGGCCAAGGUGUCCCACAGUGUUUCCAAGAUGAGCAAAGAGUUCCCUGGGAAGGCUGGGGGAACAUCUAGUUACAUGCCCCCUGAGGCUUUGGAAAAUGUGUCAUACAAACCCAUUCGUGCCUUUGACAUCUACAGCUAUGGUAUACUUCUGUGGUCCAUCAUCACUGGUCAGUCGAAGCCAUAUCCUGAUGUCCAUGCCAGAGAGUUCAGCAGGUUCUGUUUUCUCAUCAAAGACAGAAAACAGAGGCCUUCCCUGGAGGCAGUGGACAAAGAGCAGUUCGAGGGACUAGGGGACCUGGUGGAGCUCAUGAAGAAGUGCUGGGACCAUGAGCCCCCUAAGAGACCCCCCAUCAAGGAAUGCGUCCUUGUGACAGGAAGAGUGUUUGAGAAGCACCAGAAGGGGAUACAGCAUGCCGUCAAUCAAGUGCUGCUAAAACUGAACUUGGGAAGUGAGGAGGGAAGUAAAACAUCAGGUGUUGGCACCCCCAGUGUAUCUCCAAGUUCAAAGCCACCUGCAUGUCCAAAAGACAAGGUGAAUAUCUCUGCUAAUGUGAAGACUGGUUCACUCCCUCCAACACAGGAUGUGCCUGAUGGCUUGUCCUCAAAACCAAUCGACAAAGGUGCCCAAUUUGUGGAUGAUAACAUGGAACAACUUGUUCAAAGGAUUUCCCUGGUGAUGCCAAUAGCAGAUGGCCUGUACCAGAAGAAAAUGAUCCAUUAUGAGGAUUACUCUGAAAUCUAUACGGCCCAACCCAGUAUGGCAAAGAUGAGAAAGCUAUAUGUGGCCCUGCAACCAGGAGGAUCGGUGGCUAAAUCAGCCUUUUACCAAAUUCUACUGAAACAACAAUCUCUUCUAGUCAAAGAACUGGGUGGGGUUGGCCAGAAAUGAAGUCAUAACUUGAGCGGCUUCUACAGUCUUGGUCUGGACUCACUUUUUUUCAAAUCUCACACAUUACCUCAGAAAUAUUGGUCCUUUCACACCAAUUGUCAAACAACAAUUUGUAACAAAAUAAAUACAGGAAAAAUAUUCAA